AUGGGUAAAAGACGCGGCGGCGGCGGCGGGGGGACAUGGGCAUCUGCUACUCUCCGUCGGCAUAUAGAGUCGUGUAAGCACAAGUAUCCGACCCUUGAGGAACUUGUUGAUCAUCUGCGGUCAAACUACCCACACUAUAGUCGACUAAAGCUUAAUCCUUUAACCAGGGAAGUUAAGCGAAUGAUAGACCUCAUCAAUUCGAAAGAAGACCAAUCUAGCGAUAUCAGCCAUAGGACGACGGCGACUUCAAGUUCUUCAAUGGACGAAGAGCACCGACUGUCGAAGAGAAAGAUGAAACUGAUGAUCGACCAGAGCGAAGAAGAGAAGAGACAACCCAUCAAAAAAAGACUGAAAUCUUUCGACCAGAAACAUGGAAGUGUGUCUUCGCAGUCUGAGACACCCUCUUCCGAGGAAGAAGAAAAUGGUGUUGUUUCAACAUCAAAGAUCGACUUGGUGAAAUCCAUGCUGCGGGCAACUUACAGCGCAUCAAAGGAUGCAGUAAAAUCGAAAAGGAAAGAAGCUGUUAAGGAGAAGUGUGUUGAAUUGGAGAAUGUUGGGUCUAGUAAAGCUCCUAUGCAGAUUGAUUUGCUUGGAAGCAAUUCAAUUUUGGGGCAGGUAGGAGAAGAAGAAGAAAAAAACAUACCCGGCGCGAGGGAUGUGCAUGGGAUUAGGUUUAGUGACCUAGGAGGCAUGGAUAAGGUUGUGGAGGAAUUGAAGUGGAUGAUAUUACCAAUUUUUAAUCAGCAUUUUCGUAAAAUGUUUCGGAGAAUGCGUAUGCCAUCUGGAAUUUUGUUACAUGGGCCACCAGGAUGUGGAAAAACGAAGUUGGCUGAGGCCAUAGCUUUUGAGUCUGAAUUCACUUUCUACAAAAGGUCGGCUACUGAAUUGGUCAAUGGUGUUUCAGGUGGAUCAGAAGAGAAUAUCCGAGAUCUUUUUGCAAAUGCCUACAGGACAGCACCAUCGAUUGUGUUCAUCGAUGAGAUUGAUGCUAUAGCUUCAAAAAGAGACAACUUGCAGAGGGAAAUGGAGAAAAGAAUUGUUACACAGUUAAUGACUUCCAUGGAUGCUGCACACAGACCUGUUCAACCAGAUGCAGAAGCUUCUUCUUCUGAUAAUCCUCCUUAUGUUCUUGUAAUUGGGGCUACUAAUAGACCUGAUAGUAUUGAUCCUGCAUUAAGAAGGCCUGGAAGGUUUGACCACGAGAUUGCCUUGGGUGUUCCAGAUGAAGAAACCAGGUUACAAAUUCUUACAGUUGUUACUCGUGGAUCGAAGCUUGAAGAUUCUCUUGACCUUUUAAAGAUAGCACGUUCUACACCUGGCUUUGUUGGGGCUGAUUUGGAUAAUCUAGUAAGUGAAGCUGGAACACUAGCUAUGCGAAAACUGAUAUGCAGUAUAUUAAUAAAAUCGCCGGAAGACAAAGACUGGUUUAAGAAAUCUUAUCAUCCCAAAGAGACGGACAUUGUUGGCAUAACAAUGACAGAUUUUGAGGAAGCAGCCAAAAAGGUCCAGCCUUCAUCGAAAAGAGAAGGGUUCUCAAUCAUUCCUGAUGUGAAAUGGGAAGACGUAGGUGGGAUGGAACCAGUAAGGGAUGCAUUUAUGAGUUCCAUAGUUGAACGCAUUAAGGCUCCCGAUGAUUAUAAGGUAUUCAAUGUUGAUACGGAAAAUGGAUUUUUGCUUUAUGGACCUCCUGGUUGUGGAAAAACAUUAAUUGCAAAGGCUGUGGCCAAUGAAGCGGGGGCUAAUUUUAUAUACAUUAAGGGUCCUGAACUCUUGAGUAAAUAUGUGGGAGAAAGUGAAUCGAAAGUUAGAACUUUAUUCCGCAAUGCAAGGACAUGUUCCCCGUGUAUAAUUUUCUUUGAUGAGGUGGAUGCUUUGACAACGGAUCGAAGAAGGGAAGGUGGUUGGGUUGUUGAAAAACUUGUGACUCAGUUAUUGGUAGAGUUGGACGGUGCAGAUGAUAGAUCGGGUGUCUAUGUUAUUGCUGCAACAAAUAGACCCGAGUUCAUAGAUCCUGCUUUCUUGCGGGCUGGAAGACUAGGAAGACACUUACAUGUCGGUUUGCCUAGCCCUGAAGAUCGUGGCUUGAUUCUUAAAGCUCUUGCACGAAAGAAACCUAUAGAUCCUAGUGUCGAUUUAUUGGAAGUUGGGAAGGACAGAGCUUGCGAUAAUUAUAGUGGAGCUGAUCUUCGUGCUCUUGUGAAUCAAGCAGCAAUGGCUGCAAAAGAUGAAAGAAAAGUCGUCUUAGAUUUGUCCACUAUACAUAGAAGGCAUUUCGACAUAGCAUUCCAAAGGACCUCCCCAUCCGUCUCCAGAAAGGAAAUUCAAUUUUACAAUAACUGGUCAGGUGGCGGCUAAUUCAAAAAUAAUGCUUCUAUUUGUUUAUUUUAAAAAUUUUGAUAUUACC